GACGACGGCGACGCCGCACGACAUUGUACUGCUGCGUGGCGAGCUCUCGCCGGCGUCAAUCGACCUCCACGUCGCACGCCGCUUUGUGUUGGCGCAGCUGCCGGUGCACGUCCGACUCGUCGACUUGAGCGUCGAUGACGCGCGGCUCUUCUCGGUCUGGCGCGCGCCGUCGACCGACUACGUGGUCCAGCACCCGGCUUUCGCUCACGGGCCCCAAGCAGGUGACGGGCACCGUCCUGCGUGGCAUGCACGCGUGGACAGCCAAGCACGCCGCCGACGACGACGCCUUGGCCAAGGACAUUGUCGACUUGUCGCAGAUUGACGCGUUCUACAUGCAGCGGCUCGGCGCCCCGGGGCGCUUCAACGACGAGUGCCUCCGCUCGACCUUGUCGACGCUCGUGACGGGCCCGGCUCCAACGCUCGACGGCCACCGGCUCCGCCGUGCGCUUCUGGAUGCAGUCCACCGGCAAUGGUCGCUGCAGGACACCAAGGGCUCGAACCCGUAUACGCUUCGCUCGACCGUGUGGCGCCACGUGCUUGCCGUUGCGACCAAGCACUGGGCAGCAGAGAACGUGCCUCUUGGCUUUGUGUCGUGCGACUUGCUCGGGUCACCCGUGCUCUUGCGGCGCAACCACAUGUCGGUGUUCUUCCCGGCCACCACUUCGAUCCUCGGCGACCGCCCGGCGACGAUCGCCGACCUCUACGACUCGAUCCUUCUGCCUACGUUUGCGGCGUUUCCCACCGCGGCCUACUAUGCGUCGCUCGAACGCCAGUGGCAGUCGGACGUGCUCGAAGCCGACGACCUGCCGUCUGUGACGCUUCUGGACGUUGUCCAAGCCGGGCUUCUCGGGGACGGCAGCGGUGGCCGCCAUGUCCCAAGCGUCCUUGCACGGACCGCCAGCGUCCUCUCGGGCGACGCGGCGACGCAAAUGGCGAUUUUCGAUGCCCUUGUCGCCCACGUUGCGCUGCCGAGUAUUUCGGACGAUGCGAAUAUGGGCGCCCAGGACGUGGCUGCGACCGACCUUGCGCUCGCGCUCUACCGUAUGAGCGCCGUUGUUCUGCAUGACAUGCGCGCCGCGGCUGCUGCGAGCGCGUGCUUUGUGACCUUUCUCCUCGAUGCGACGCCGUCGUUUUUGGCGGAGGCGACGCUGCGCCACCUAGAAGCGACCGUGCGACCGGCACUCGAGCGGUCGCUGGCCACGUGGUCCAACUUGUACUGGCUGUGCAGCCAGGUGCAGGCCACGUCGGGUGUGCCCGUGCUGCAGCUGUUUGCGUCGUCGAUUCUGGAUGAGAUUGUUGUCGACGGGGACCUCGGCGCGUCGACGCGGUCGUUCAUCGCAGCGAUCGCCGACUUCGCCAAGCUGUUGCCGUUUCUGCAAAGCAACGGCCUCCACAGCGUCCUCCGCGUCGUGCUGCGCCACGCCAAUGACGCCAACGACGAUGACGCCAAGCGUCUGUACCUGCUCGGCGAAUGCUUGCUGCUCGAACCGACCAAGACAGAGACGGUCCUGGACCGCGCCGUUCGGUCGCUUGUCCGUGUCGUCCAUCUCGAAGGCGCGGCGGUCGUCGUCGAGCUCACGACGUUGCUCAAGGAGCAUGUGCCCAAGGGCCUGAGCAGUCACGUGGUGUCGUUUCUGCAAGCGAUCCUCGUCGACGUCGCCGACGACGACAUGACGCUCGAGUUUGUGUGGUACAACCUCUUCAAGCUCUACGUGGCCGACGGCGCCUACGAGAGUGCCCACGCCGCGCUCCAAAAGCUCGUGGCACUCGGUGCCAGUGCGCCGUCGCUGGACGAGUGCGUCCGGUACUUUGUCUUGCAGCUCUGUGACGCUGGCCGCGUCGACGUGGUCUGCGACAUGCGCUGGGGCGCGUUUGAAGCGCAAGUCGAAGAGCUGCUUCUGUGGCAAGCCGCCAACACCCACGCGCACGUGUCGCCGGCCAAGUCGUCGCAGAGCGCGUCGGCCUUGUACCGUCUCCUCUACAGCUUUUACGUCGCUCGGAGCCGGUUUGUGCACGCGGCCCGCGCCAUGUACUCGCUCUUCCUCCGCCUCGAGCUCGAGCCGUUUGCACCGUCGAUCCUCCAGCUUCCAACGUCUUGGAGCUCGUACCCGAAGCGCAUCGGUGGUUUGUGUCGCAGGCCGGUCUCGCCUCGGACGCUGGUGACUGCGCUCUGACCGUUGUUUCGGCCUCGGAUGUCCACAAGCAGCUGCUCUUGGUCCGCGGCAAGCUCGCGCUG